GUAUUUUUCAUUCAUUCAUUGUUCAUUCAAAAUUGCUUCCACUCGUCGGAAUACGAAAUUAUUGUGUUUUAACUUUUCGAACUGCGUAUUUUUAUUUACUAUGCCGUUUAUUUUUAAUUAGAUGAAGCCAAGUUUAUAAUUGUUAUACUCACAUAAUUUUAUAUGCUCAUGUGAAGAGCUUUGUUGUUAAGUGUUUACUAUUGUUUUUGUGAAAGAUGGCUGAGAAGAUUGUUGUAACCAGUGGGAGCAACCAGCCUAUCGUAAAGAUAGGGCACUACACGCUGGGAGCCACCCUCGGCGUCGGUACCUUCGGUAAGGUGAAGAUCGGAGAGCACCAGCUGACCAAACACAAGGUUGCCGUGAAGAUUCUGAACAGACAGAAGAUCAAGAGCCUCGAUGUCGUGGGCAAGAUCAGACGAGAAAUACAGAACCUUAAGUUAUUCAGACAUCCUCACAUCAUUAAACUGUAUCAGGUGAUAUCUACUCCAACAGACAUAUUCAUGAUAAUGGAAUAUGUGUCUGGGGGUGAGCUGUUUGACUACAUAGUGAAGCGGGGCAAACUGCAGGAACAUGAAGCAAGGAGGUUCUUCCAGCAGAUCAUAUCUGGUGUGGACUAUUGUCACCGGCACAUGAUAGUGCACAGGGACCUCAAGCCAGAGAACCUGCUGCUGGAUCACAACAUGCAUGUAAAGAUAGCUGACUUUGGACUCUCCAACAUGAUGAUGGAUGGAGAAUUUUUGAGGACUUCUUGUGGAUCUCCUAACUAUGCUGCACCUGAGGUGAUAUCCGGCAAACUAUACGCCGGUCCAGAAGUUGAUGUGUGGUCAUGUGGAGUAAUCCUAUAUGCACUACUCUGUGGAACACUUCCAUUUGACGAUGAACACGUGCCAACACUGUUCAGAAAGAUUAAGUCGGGCAUAUUCCCCAUACCUGAGUACCUGAACAAGAGUGUGGUCAGUCUACUGUGUAUGAUGCUGCAAGUGGACCCCAUGAAAAGAGCGACUAUUGAGGAUGUGAAGAAACACGAGUGGUUCCAAAAAGACCUGCCCGGAUAUCUAUUCCCGUCUCCUGUUGAGCAGGUAAUUACAGACAACAGUGUAAUAGAUACGGAAGCCAUAGCAGAAGUAUGUGAGAAGUUUGGUGUCAAGGAGCAUGAAGUACACAAUGCUUUACUGAGUGGAAAUCCUCACGACCAGCUGGCCAUAGCUUAUCAUCUCAUCAUAGACAAUAAGAGGAUCGCUGACGAAGCUGCUAAGGCAGAAAUUAAGGACUUCUAUGUAGCAACAGGCAACUCCCCGCCGGCGGCGGCGGAGACGGCGCGGCCGCACCCCGAGCGCAUCGCGCCGCAUCCGCACCCGCAGCAGGACAAGGCCAGAGGCACUCCCAUCAAAAGAGCAAAAUGGCACUUGGGCAUCAGGUCUCAGAGCAAGCCUAACGACAUCAUGCUAGAAGUAUUUCGGGCUAUGAAGGCUCUCGACUACGAAUGGAAAGUCAUCAAUCCUUAUCAUGUUAGGGUACGCACACUAAACAAGAUGACAGAAAAAUACGUGAAGAUGUCGCUGCAGCUAUACCAAGUGGACUACAAGUCGUACUUACUCGAUUUCAAGUCACUAUCGGGCGAGAAAGAGGACUCUGAAGAGGAGACGGCGUCGCCGCUAGUAUCUGCCCCGCCCCCGCCCCCGGCGUCGUCCCCCACGGGCCCGCAGGGGCACCACACCAUGGAGUUCUUCGAGAUGUGCGCCGCGCUCAUCAUACAGCUCGCGCGGUAGUGACGCACUGCACAGCGGUCAGCUCGACACACCACGGUGAUAAGUGUACGCUCGUUAUAGCUAAGAGAAGCGCGGCUACACCCAGUCAAUUGAGCCCUAAUUUAGGUAGGUAACCAAUUAGUUGUUUGCGUUAUACUUAUCUCCUGUACUCGGUAAAGUUAGAAAGAGCCAAGCUUGUUUUGUUAUUCUAGCUCUGUGCUUUGAUAAUGGCGUUGCCGCGCUUAUCUUUCGCACUUUAUAUAGGAAACAGUUAGUAGGUACAGUUGUUAACCCACAAAACGGUACGAAGUGUUAAUUAAUAAUUUCAAUAAGCAAUAUUUUGAUACACUUACAUACUUCGAAUUUAGCAAGUUAAUCACUAUUGUAGAACUGCUUCGUGCGAUUUUUAUUAUUGCAUACUAAUAGAAUGGAAGCAACUAGUAACUAAUGAAUUCUGAAUAUUAAUAUUGGGGUUGAAUGUUAAAUUAUAAGUAUUAGCUGUACAUUGAAGUAAGAUGAUCUGGAACCUUCCAAUGGUAUUGUGACUCCAAGUCUAAAGUUUCGAACACACCAACACGAAAACUGAGACAGUCGACGACGUACGUUUACAUUGAUGGUUAGCUAAAUAUUCGCAAACUUUGUUACUCAAAUCAAUUAUUCAGCUUUAUUGAGCUUUGCUACGCAUGUCCACCGCCUGUGCCGCGUGUGAACGCCUCGCCGACCGCCUCAAGCGCUGGUUUGUUCGAAACUUCGUUCAUGUGAUUUUACCAAAGAUUAUAAUUGUUAUUUUAAGCAAAACUAGUGCCUUUUUGUAUUAAUUACAAGCAUAACGUAGCUGUUAAAGUUCGCCAUAGCUUAAAUCAGAUUGUUCACAUGAAAUGAAGGUUACAAAAUCAAGAGUUGAUGUUAUUUACGAGAUGUAUGGGAUUUUGUAGAAUAGACUUAUUAAUCCUAUAAUAUUAAUUUAUAGAUUACUUGUAUGCAACCGAGUAUUAUUAUAUAAAAUGUUAAUUAUUUAUCUUGUACAGCUUUGAUUAUAUAAUUAUGUAUAGUAUUGUGCAAUUCGAAAUUUUACUUCCUUAUUUUUUUGAAGUUACUUAUUAAAGUCUCUUAGAGAUGGUAA